UUAGCUAUUCAACGUAUUGUUUCGCAGAUGUGGGGAGCACACUCCUGUCUGUGGCGAAAGGGCGGCGGUGGUCUAAAGGCGAGAAAGAGAGAGAUGAGGAGAAAUAUGUCGGUGAGGACGUUUCUUUGUGUCCACGACAGCGAAACUCAUAUCGCCAGGUGUGUAUCCAUAGCCACCUACUAGGCUACUUCUCACCGUUACCACCACUGUCGAGGUAGCCAUGGCGACCAGCGCCCUGCCAAGUGACAACCUGCCAACGUACAAGCUGGUGGUGGUGGGGGAUGGUGGUGUUGGGAAGAGUGCCCUCACCAUCCAAUUUUUCCAGAAGAUCUUUGUGCCAGACUAUGAUCCUACGAUAGAGGACUCGUAUCUUAAACACACAGAGAUAGACGGACAGUGGGCAAUACUGGAUGUGCUAGACACAGCCGGCCAGGAGGAGUUCAGUGCGAUGAGGGAGCAGUAUAUGAGGACAGGAGAUGGCUUCCUUAUCGUCUUCUCUGUGACAGACAAAGCCAGCUUUGAACAUGUCGACCGAUUCCAUCAGCUCAUACUACGGGUCAAAGACAGGGAGGCCUUCCCCAUGGUGCUGGUGGCAAACAAAGUGGACUUGGUCCAUCUGAGAAAGGUCACCGCUGACCAGGGCCAAGAGAUGGCUGCAAAACAUAACAUAACUUAUAUUGAAACCAGUGCCAAGGAUCCUCCAAUGAAUGUGGACAAAGCCUUUCACGAGCUGGUUCGUGUUAUAAGACAACAGGUGCCAGAACGAAACCAGAAGAAGAAAAAGAAGAUGAAAUGGAGAGCAGAACGUUCAGCGGGUUCCCACAGGUUCCACUGCACCAUAUUGUGACCUCCCUCAUCCUGUCUUAUCAUUCGUGAACAUACACAUACACACACCCACAUACCUUUUUGGAUGUCAGGGAACUCCCCAGCAGUGGUUAACUACUGGAGCACAAAAGGGAGGGGAGGGGGAGGGGGUUGACCAUGAAUUACUGGAUGGAUCCAGGGGGGCAGAAGGCAAAGUGAAUCUGACUGAUGUCCCCUCACCCUUCACAAAGCCUUGGAAUGAGUAAUGUGCUCCCUCUCCUCAACUUAUGGUCCCUUUCAAAGGUCUAUAGAUCCCUCCCAUCUCUUUUCAAAACAGAACUACCGUGUCGCUGAACUGUUUCUCAGUUAAGUGUCAUUUUUUUUAAUGUCAUUUCAAGCGUGGCACUAGAUGACAGAUU